CAGGUCGGGGCGGCGCGCUCUGAGUCACCGGAAUCUAGGUGGGGCCUGGGCGCCGCGCCCCCGCCACCUCUUCCCUUUUGUCGCGCUGCCCGCGCUCGCCGGCCACUUUCCGCGGCGUCCGAGCCCCGCGCGUCCUUCUCCCCCGCGCCGCCACUGUCGAGAUGUUGCGCUGCGGCCUGGCCUGCGAGCGCUGCAGGUGGAUCCUGCCCCUGCUCCUGCUCAGCGCCAUCGCCUUCGACAUCAUCGCGCUCGCCGGCCGCGGCUGGCUGCAGUCGAGCACCCACCUCCAGACGUCCUCGCUGUGGUGGCGAUGUUUCCACGAGGGCGGCGGCAGCGGAUCCCGCGCGGAUGGCUGCGAGAGCCUCAUGGACUACGCGUGGGGAAGGGCAGCCGCCGCCAUGCUUUUCUGUGGCUUUAUCAUCCUGGUGAUCUGUUUCAUCCUCUCCUUCUUCGCCCUCUGUGGACCCCAAAUGCUUAUGUUCCUGAGAGUAAUCGGAGGCCUCCUGGCCCUGGCUGCUGUGUUCCAGAUCAUCUCCCUGGUAAUUUACCCUGUGAAGUACACCCAGACUUUCGACCUUCACGCCAACCCCGCAGUCCUUUACAUCUAUAACUGGGCCUACGGCUUUGGGUGGGCAGCCACAAUCAUCCUGAUCGGCUGUGCUUUCUUCUUCUGCUGUCUCCCCAACUACGAAGACGACCUUCUGGGCAAUGCCAAGCCCAGAUAUUUCUACACAUCUGCCUAAAGUGGGGAAGGCGCUGCUGCCAGGAUGGAUUCUGGAGGAAGGAAUUUUGUUCUUCAGAAUACUUUGAACCUUUUUCUGGGGCACAGUGUUCAUAUCAUGAGACUAGUCAAAUUGCUAAGAUAGUUUGGGAGAAAAUAUUUCUUAAAUGGUGUUAUAGUUUCAUAUUCAUUUUUUAUAUAUGUUUUAUAGAAUUAAACAAAACUUACUUUUUUAAAUUACCUAUAGUAUGCCAUAUUUCCUUACUAUCUUUUUUAUACCAUUUAUACUGCAUGUAUAAAAGAAUCUGAAUAUGAAACUUAUACCAUCAUAUGGUAAAAAUGAGAAGGCUUCAAAGAUUUAAGUGACUUGAUCAAGUGUGUGUUUUUCCCAAAUUAAAUGGACUGGAUCUAUUAAGGGAUCAGGAGAAGAGAGAAAUAUCGGUAAAAAUUACCAGUGACCAAAUAUUCUUUAAAAAAUGCGAAAUUUUUUCCAGCCUUCAGCUAAAGAAGUAAAACAGUUUCCCAAAUACAUACCAUCUCUGAUAAUUUCUAUUUACUACCCUGAAUAAUUGAUUUUUUUUGCUAAGCUUCACAUUAACUUGAUAUGUCAUUUAGGAAAGUAUUCUUUCAUGGCCAAAACCUGUUGCAGUAGUAAGGCCUUCUUAUGUAGGGAAAUGCUAAAAUGAAAUUUUCUCCUUUAAAGUGGUUUGUAGGGUUGGGGUGUGGGAAAAUGAUAUAUUAAUCUGUACUGUUUUGUGUCUAUGUGUUAAAGACCAGACUAGAUUGAGUUGAAACAUGGAGUGGGUCUAAUUCAUCAUGACUGAUAGAUAUGAUUAGAUUGUACAAUAAAGCAUUAGGAAAUCCAUUCCUAUCACAAAAAUAACAUUAAACAACCUAAGGAGAAGAAAUGGCUUGAGUUUUUUCAUCUCAGUUGACUGAGCUCUAACCAUUAGACAGCUUCUGAUAGACUGCAACUGUAAGCAAAAAUUUAAAUAUAGUUAAAACCCUGGUCUUCAUUGGUAAACAGAUUUAAAAUAUCUGAUGUAAAACACGCAACAGAAGAAUUCAGGGAUGUGAGAUCUCUGAAUGGGAAAUACCUAUAUAUCAUAUGGAUUUUUUUUUUUUUACCAGUUGUACUUAACAUAAUGAAAAGCAAUUUACUUAUCAAAUUAUUAUUUUGUAAGUUGCAGGAUAAGCAAUUGCAGUUUUUAUUAUGAAUUUUCCACAAUAAACCAGGUGUUCUAAUCUUGUGUCUA